GGGAAACAUGUUGCAUAACGACAGAUUACGAGGUUUAGUCUGUGCCUUGAUCUGAAUGGGUUCACGCCUGGAUGAAUCAAAAUGGUCAAUUGGACGGUUAUUAGAGCGACGGAAAACGAUGCGGAAGCCAUAUACCGGCACUUGACAGAAUCUUUCUUUCUCGACGAGCCUCUGACGAUGGACGCGAGAGGUCGUAUGUCCAUGGAGGACAUGUUUGCUUUGAAGGCGCUUCCCCAAAAUUUGUCUUUCAUCGCCGUGGACAAUACAGGAAAGAUCGUCGGCACAGCUCUCAAUUAUGACAAUGACAACGAGCCAGAAUGUGACGAUCCGAGCGAAGACGAUCCUUUCUUUCAAGAGCUUUUCAGGAUGUUCGAAUAUGCUGAAAAGGCGACGGGCAAAUCUGAACCCGGUCUCAUGUCUCUUCACCUCCUUUCUGUCGACAAGUCUCAUCGGAGGCAAGGAAUGGCGCGGAAGCUGGUCGAAGCGACCGAGGAUCACGCGAGGAAUUCCGGCUUCACGGGCGUCAAGGUCGAAUGCACCAGCAAGUACACAGCUGAUUUAGUUAGUUCCAUGAACUACGAAAAGAUCUACGGCCUGUUCUACAAAGAUUUCCUUAACGACAAAGGCGAGCCUUCUUUCAACCCACCUCCGCCUCACACGGAGUUUCAAAUUUUUGUCAAACGUUUCCGAUAAAUAAAAACAGAUUGUUUCCUUACUGAUAAAAAAUGUACCUGAAUUGAGCCGAAUUAUAUAUUUUUCAAGCUAAAUGUAAAACGUAUUAAUAAAAUUUUUUUUAAACUUUU